GCACGGGCUGUGGCUGCAACGACCGCGUCUUCUUCCAGCUGAUGACCCACAGGGGCCGGCAGCAGGCCUGCAACCUGGUGCUGCAGACCGGGGACGCCUUCCAGCAGGCGGCCGGGAGCAGGGACAGCGGCGUAGACGCAGACGUUCACGGCUUCGUCUUCAGAGGCACGAUCAAGAAGAAGGGUAAGGAGGGUCACACCUUCAUCAACUGCCGUGAGGCCAAAGACGUGUACGGCAAGGACGUGUUCGUCCACCCCAGCAAGGCCGAGCCGGAAUACAAGGAACGGGUGAGGUGGUACGUGGCAGGGCUUUCGUAUCGUGAUAAGGCCGUGGCUGGCGCGAGGAGUACCUCUUCACGGAAGAGCGAUGAAGGGAUUCAGGCCUACGCAGAGCGGAGCUGGAUCGUCGCCGACAAGCUGGACCAGAGCUGCAGGAUAAUCGAGGAGAAGGACCCGAGCUGCGAGCUGAAGCUGCAGAAGCGGUCCAGACCCGAGGGGAAGCCGGAGUCCGCGAAGGAGAAGACCAGCAUCCAGGGCGACGACGAUGUCGGCGCGAAGAGUUGGAAGGGCGAGAUUUGGAGAGGCUGGCGGCAUGGCGGCAGCUGGUGGAGCAGCUUUGCAGGCGGACAAGCGGGCUCGCAAUGGGAGUGGCCUCGAUCAGCGGCGCCGCCGUCGCUGAGAGCACGUGGGAAGGUGGCGCUGAAAGAGAAAGCUACGGGGGCUUUAUGUUCGCUGAUGGCGAGGUUCAACCUGGACGAGGACGACGUGGACAUCGAAGCCCUGUUGGAGGUUGCAACGGAGUUGAGAGAGACCCUCAUCCCGUUGGUCACGGCUGGAUGGCUACUCCUGCAACAGGCUGGACUGAGCGCUCAUGGGCGUGUGGGCGUGCUGUCGUCGACAAGGAACUCGCUGAACCUGGAGAACAUCGGGGCAGCGCGGCGGGGCCAAUGGGCAGACGUUGACCUCGAGGAGUGCGACGCCCACGACAGGGAGAGGGACGUGUUCCCGCGCAGGCCUGGCGCGCGACAAGCUCUGGGUCUGUUCGGCGAGGGCGACUGCGCGGGGCAGGGCUACGGCGACGAGGGCGGAGAGGGGAUCGGCAACGAGGCCUACCUCGGCGACGAGGCGGGCGAGGGCUCUGACGAGCUGGACCUCGAGGACCUAGGCGAGAACUUCCGCGCCGAGGCAGAGGAGGCGCUGCCCGUGAUCGUUGCCGCGAAGACGGGCGCGCGGACGCAGAAGAGCACGCCGGCGCAGGCGCGUGCAGUCGUCGAGGAUAUCAAGCAGAGUCGUGGAUUCUAUCAGAAAGGCAAGGCCCGUGGCGAGGGUCGACCAGCAGGUGGCAAGGGACAAGGUCCAUGCUUCAUCUGUGGCGGACCGAGCGAUCGCGAGUACUGGUCGCGCGACGAGGAGAAUAACCAGGGCGGGAUGCCGAAGGGCAAGGUGCAGCAGGCUGGCGCCGUGGCGUUCAACGUCGGCAUGUGGGGCGACGUCCCGGACUGCGAGAUCGCGCCGAGCAGCGAGGCGGUGCCGGAGGGCGAGGGUGCGACGGAGGUGGCGCUUACAUCGUUCGAGGCGGCCUACCAUGCGACGCAGGGAGGCGCUGUCGAGCGCGCGCUGGCCGGGCUCGAGGACGAGGCAGCGAGCUGCGUGGUGCUCGACUGUGGCGCGACCAAGACGUUCGGAUCUACCAGGGCGCUGGAGCAGAUCAUCGAGAGGCAGAGGGCCGCAGGGGUGGGCGCCAGCGGCGUGGCGGUCGGCGCGGCAGAUCGGCCGAACUUCGGAUUCGCGAAUGGAGCGGCGGAGAAGUGCUCGAGCAGGGCAACGCUACCCUUCCAGGCGAACGGGCAGCUUGGAACAGUCGCUGGGUGCGUUCUGAGCACGAAGAACAAUCGCUGCGUGCCGCUGCUGGGCUCUGUGGAUCUCCGCAGGCGCUCAGGGCUAUCGUCGAUUUUGCCGUUGGAAUCGCUCGCCUGCUUCGCCCAGCUAGCGGUGAACAGGCUGGUCAAGCUCAAGAGCAUCUCGACAGGUCACUUGUGCAUCGACAGGGCCCGGGACCCCCACGGCCAGAAGAUGGCGAAGUAG